AUGAGCUCACGUGAUCCAGCCCGGGGCAAGGAUGGUCGACAGCCCGGCCUACCCGAACCUCGCGGCGGAUCUCCGGGCCGCAUCCCGACUGGCGCGGCGGAGGUUGAAUGGGCCAGCGAGGAGCCGCCCCAGGACCAGCAGGCUCCCAGUAGCCAUGCCGAGUCUGUGGCAGCGGCUACGUUGGAAUUUCGACGGAAGUGCGAGGCGCGACGGCGGAGCGAGGAGCAGCCGUUGAAGGAGAUGGAGGAAUCGCCGGAGUGGCAGGCCCAACCGCGGACGGCCGAGGAGGAGGAGCAGCAGCUGUGGGAAAACCCAGGGUACCCACCCACGCCGAGGUAUGCGCCCGAGCCCUGCAUCCCGCCGCCAGAAGUGGCAGAAGCCCUGGCGUCCUCACCUCCGCGGUGGCUGCCCGAAAUCCCACCCACACCGUGGUACGAGGGAUCACCGCAGUGGAUCUUGCGGGCACGAGAGUGUUCGAGGAGCAGCCGAAUAAAGUUUAAAAAUAAAAGAAUCGAAAGAGAGUUUAAAACCGGCAUCGGACGGGAAACGCGGCUGAAACAGGGGCCAGAAGAAAGGGGCAUACAUGGCAGCUCCGGCAUCCAGAAAUUCACAUUGGGUUAA